UCAAACAUGCUUCCCGCUCAACGGUCAAGACAUUUUCUCUGCUCUUUCCCCCACUUUCCUGCCACCCAAACAAGGCUUUUUAGCAGCACCUUCUCAUCUCUACUAAACCUUUGCAAGAAACCACAGCAUCUACAACAAAUCCAUGCAAGAUUCAUCCUCCAUGGCCUGCACCAGAACCCAACACUUUCCUCUCAUCUCAUUGAUUCCUAUGCCAACUUUGGCCUCCUCAACCUCUCUCUGCAACUCUUUUAUUCCAUUACCAACCCAAGUUCUCGUCUUUAUAACACAAUUUUAAGAAAUUUGGCGACUUUGGGUGAAUAUGAAACGACCCUUUUGGUUUACAAGGACAUGGUGGUAAAAAAAUCUGUGUACCCUGAUGAGAAGGCCUACCCUUUAGUUCUAAGAGCUUGUUCUUGUUUGUUAGAUGUUGAGUGUGGGAAAAUGGUUCAUGGGCAGUUGGCAAAAUUGGGUUUUGAUUCCUUUGAGGUUGUGGGUGAUGCUUUGGUUGAGUUCUACAGGGGAUUUGGUGAGUUCGAGCAAAAGGUGGUUGAUGAAAAGCCUGUUAAGGAUUUGGAUAAUUGGAAAAGUUUGAUAUUUGAGCCACCUCGAAGUGGAAGUUUGGUCUCUAUGAUUAAUUUGUUGAGGGCAAGUGUUGAUUUGGGUUCAUUGGAUGCAGGCAAAGCUGUUCAUUGUUUGGUUCUAGUUAGUGAUUUAAGUAAGGAUUUGUCUGUGAAUACCGCUUUAUUGUCAAUGUAUUCAAAACUAGAUAGUUUGAAAUAUGCAAGGUUGUUAUUCAAAAAUAUGCUGGAGAAGGACCUUGUUGUGUGGAAUAUAAUGAUUUCUGCUUAUUCUCAGCAUGGAAAACCUAAGGAAUCACUUGCACAAUUGAGGUGCAUGGCAAAUUCUGGGGUUAGAGCUGAUUUGUUCACCGCUAUUCCUGCUAUUUCCUCGAUUAGGCAGUUGAAAUCCUUUGAGUGGGCCAAACAAAUCCAUGCUCAUGUUAUAAGAAAUGGUUCAGAUUAUCAAGUGUCGGUUCAUAAUUCUCUUAUUGAUAUGUAUUGUGAGUGUGACUGUUUAAUUUAUGCGAGAAAGAUUUUUGAAAAUGUAACAAGCAAAACUGUGGUUUCAUGGAGCUCAAUGAUCAAAGGAUAUGUAAGCCAUGAUCAGAAUCUUGAUGCCCUUUCUCUUUUCUCCAGGAUGAAAACAGAUGGAGUUAAAACUGAUUUCAUAACAGUUAUCAACAUCUUGCCUGCAUGUGUGAAUAUAGGGGCACUAGAACAAGUAAAAUGCCUUCAUGGGUACUCAAUGAAGUUUGGUCUGAAUUUGCUAUCCUCUGUUAAUUCAGCAAUUCUUAUAAGUUAUGCAAAAUGUGGAUCCAUAGAAAUGGCCAGAAAGCUUUUUGAUGAAGAAAAAGUUGAUGGUAAGGAUAUCAUAACAUGGAACUCUAUGAUCAGCGCGCACUCUAAGCAUGGGGACUGGUCACAAUGUUUUGAGUUGUAUAAUCAGAUGAAGCAGUUGAAUCUGAAACUGGAUCAAGUUACCUUUCUUGGGCUACUGACUGCUUGUGUCAAUUCAGGCCUUGUUAAAGAAGGCCGGGCAUAUUUUAAGGAGAUGAGGGAAAUCUAUGGUUGCCAACCGAGCCAAGAACACUAUGCCUGCAUGGUAGAUUUACUAGGGCGUGCUGGACAUAUCAAAGAAGCGAGAGAACUUGUCAAUGAAAUGCCGUUCAAACCAGAUACUCGAGUGUUGGGCCCCUUGUUGAGUGCCUGCAAGCUACACUCUGAGACCAAGUUUGCAGAGUCUGCUGCUGAGAAACUUCUACGAAUGGAACCAGAAAAUGCUGGAAAUUACGUUUUACUCUCCAACAUAUAUGCAGCUGCAGGAAAGUGGGAUAAAUUUGCUAAAAUGAGGAGACUUCUUAAAGAGAGGGGACUAAAGAAAAUCCCUGGCUGUAGCUGGCUACAAAUAAAUGGACAUGUACAUGAGUUUCGUGUUGCCGACCAAUCUCAUCCAAAAGCAAAGGACAUAUAUGCUUUAAUAGGAAUACUAGAGUUUGCAAUCAAGGAGGCCAGAGAUCACACUGCUGGGAAAGUUUCUUAAUGAUCAUUUUGUUCACUGCAGAAUUCACAACAGAUUUUAGGUGGUGCAGAUCGCAAGUGAUUGACCUUUAUAAUUUGCAUGAAGUUUACACCAAAGAUAUGGCCAAAAGAGGCUAGAUUCAAGGAAGAAAAUGAAGCAGUAAGCAGAUCCAGUUCAGCUGGCAUUUUGUGGUGCCUUCUGUUUUGAACCAGCUAAGAUAAGGCAUUUUCAGGUUUGCAGUAAGUUUCCUCCAUGAUUUCUUAUAGAUUUCACUUCAACAUGCAAGCCAGCUAGAAAUACUCAGGAUAUGGCUUGCCGGCGCUGCUCCCUUAUCAGACAUCGCUGGCAGCCUUUCACCAUUUCCAUGUGAGAACCUAAAAUGAGAAGUUGCCAUGUUUGAAGCUCUUCCAAAGUUCCUAGCAUCCUGUGCAUAGGAGGCGGGGUGGAACAUGACAGUGUGCUUUGCACAGGUAAGUCACGAAAUGGUAAUCUUAGAUCUUUACUACAAACACCACCACCAAUUCUCACAAGGCAUGUUUGCGAUGUUUUAUAUAUGAUUCUAGUGAAAUUCAGUCCUUAAGCACUUGUUGGAUUCUUUGAAUUGCCAAUGUUAGUUUCUCUGGUUUUGCUAAUGUCAACGUGCAGACGUUUUUAUAGUUUGGGCGAGAGUUGCUGAUUGAUUUUGGAUAAAUGCUUUGGCCAUGGUGUUCUGAGCAAGUACAAUGAUAAGACAAAAGGCAGCUUCACCCUUGCAUGAAUCCAUGGAAAUUACUCCAGAAGAACACAGAUUUAAAUAUACUCUUAAUUAAAACUUUACCGGGAAACAAUGAUUGAAAGUUUUGCCCCAUUGCAGAAACAGCAUUGCUAUGCACAUGCACGUGCACAUAUCAAUUUAUCCAAUUCGUAAUCAAUCAUUGGAACGAGAUGUAUAGUGAGCUGAUAAUGUUGGUUGGGGAUAUUUGUAACGGAUGGCAUUUCCCACUUAAAUGCAGCAGUGCUAUGAGAAGAGAUGCUGCGGGUUUGCUGUCAUGAUACCUCGAAGAACCAAAUGUACCUCACAGUUACUUUGUAUUAUUUCAGUUGCAAGACUAGAUGAUGUACAAAAUUUUGGGACUGAUUGGUCUCCACCAUGAAUAUUAAACACCCUAAAGAUUCUCUCUUGCAAGCCUGUUCUUCUCAGUG